GUGCUUCUUGGAGGAGGCGGGGCUGGGCCUGUGCGUUGCCGGCCGGCGAAAGCGGUGGCGGCCAUGGCGCAUCGAGGCUCCGGGAGGCCGGAGGAGGCGGAGGCGGAGGCGGAGGGCCUCCAGGAGGCCCAGGCCCAGGAGCGGCAGAAGCAGAUGAUCGCGGGAAAAGCCCAUAAAGAGGGUGGAUCUGCCCGAAUGUCACUUCUUAUAUUGGUGUCCAUUUUCUUAACAGCUGCUUCAGUUAUGUUUCUGGUGUAUCAAAACUUCCCACAGCUUAGUGAAGAAGAGAGAGAAUGUAUAAAGGUUCCCAGAGACAUGGAUGAUGCUAAAGCCUUAGGAAAGGUUCUUUCUAAAUAUAAAGAUACAUUCUAUAUACAAGUAUUAGUGGCCUAUUUUGCUACCUAUGUUUUCCUGCAGACAUUUGCUAUUCCUGGAUCUAUAUUUCUGAGUAUACUUUCUGGAUUUCUCUACCCCUUUCCACUAGCUCUAUUUCUUGUUUGUUUGUGCUCUGGACUUGGGGCAUCUUUCUGCUAUAUGCUGUCCUAUUUGGUUGGACGACCAGUUGUAUAUAGAUAUUUAACAGAAAAAGCAGUGAAAUGGUCAAAACAGGUUGAACGACACAGAGAACAUCUCAUUAACUACAUUAUAUUUUUGAGAAUAACUCCUUUCCUUCCUAACUGGUUUAUCAACAUAACCUCUCCUGUAAUAAAUGUACCAUUGAAAGUGUUUUUCAUUGGUACUUUUCUAGGUGUUGCACCACCAUCAUUUGUAGCAAUUAAAGCUGGAACAACACUUUACCAGCUUACAACAGCAGGUGAAGCAGUUUCCUGGAACUCUGUUUUUAUUCUUAUGGUUCUAGCCAUUCUCUCCAUCCUGCCAGCUGUUUUCCAGAAAAAACUUAAGCAAAAGUUUGAAUAGAGAUCAGCCUGGAGCUUCAUUUCCCAUAUUUCAUCUCAGGAUCAACACUGUUUCUAUGAUCACUUUUUUAUUGGAUCUUUAACCAUUUAAAAGGGGAGCAUUGUAAAGGAUAAAUAUGUUUCUGGACAUCUCGUUCAGUUUUAUUUAUGGAGCAUGAAGGCAAAAUAAUGACAGUUGAUUAAGGUGAACUGGGUUUUUGUUUUUGUUUUGUUUUUUACAAUCAAAACCUGUCAGGAAUUGUUACUUUUAACAAAUAUGUAUAAUAUUUAAUCUAUGCCUUAUCUGUUUAUGUUUGCAUAAUGUGAAUAAUUAAUUCCUGUUUACCACUUCUCUUUUUCAUUGUCAUUCAAAAGUAGUAAAGAAUAAUGGACUGCCCAACAGAUUCUGUAUCCCAGUAGAGUAAUGGGUGGCUAAUUUUCUUUAUUAUACCAUUUUUGGGUGGCAGGGAAAGGUGAUUUGACCAAUAUUCCAGUAAUUGGUAUGUUUCAUUUUGUGCAAGAUACCAAGUAACCUUUCUUUUGUGCAAGAUACCGAGUAAUAUAUUUGGUUGGAGGGAGGCUGAUCAGGUUUUAUCUAAUAAAAUGCUAGCAUUGUAAAUUUAAUGUUUGCCAGUAUUGCAGAUAAAUGACUGUUGCUGUUUUGAACAUUAAAAUAAUUACAAUUUAACAAACUAUUAGGAAUUUUAGAAAUUAUUUUGCUAUAAAAAUGGCAGCUGUCAUCAAAAUACAUUUAUGAGUUCAUACUGAAAUGUAGGAAUCACAUAGACAAAUACUGCAACCUGGCAGGUGGCAAUUCUUUUUUUAAAGACAGUCAUCUAUGUUAACUUGGUAGGCAGUAAUUAUUAGGUUUUUUAUUCAUAGAAUGUGGUCGUGUAGAACAAUAAUGUACUGGUUUUGAUCCAAAGAUCCAUGAUGGUUCCAAGCUCUCUGAUUGCUGCUUCAAGUACCGGUUCACUCAUUCAUAUUCAUACUCCUGCAGUUGAAUGAGAAGUGCCUAAACAUGAGGAGGAUUCAUGUGUAAAAAGCAAGGGAAGUAUGCAGACCCAUAUCCUCUGGGCUAGAUUUAUUGUGUACAAAUUGUACAUCUUGUAAAUAGUCCUUAGUUUUAAGAAGAUGUAUCCUGUCUUUGGUUGAAGGCUAGCCAAUGAUUGACUAUGAAGUUAAAAUCCAUUUUCAAAACAAAAAUGCUCAGUUAGGGCUUUUACCUUUCCUUGAAUAAUUAUUGUUGCUCCAGAUUUUUUUUUCCAGUUUGCCUUUCCAGCAUGUGCCUGUCUAUAGGCCUGAGUACUUUUUGCAGUUAUUUUUAUUAGAUGGAUAUGCAGUAGAAUGGAUGAUCAUUCAAGCACUGUUAUGGUUAUCAUCAAAGCUCGAUUUCUUUCCAGUGCUCCAUUUCCCUCUGUGAAUUAAGGCCAAAAUGCAAAUCUUAGCAUACAUACAGUUGUGCACAAUCUGCCAGUUCAUCUGCAAAACUAAAAUAUCUGUUCAUUCCCCUACUUAGGUGUGUACCCUUUCCUCUCUGAGUAGUAUUCUGCUACUGCUCAGUUUUCAGCUCAUCUAAAGUGCACAGUGUCCUCCUAUUUGGAAUCAAAAGCCUUCUGCUUAUCCUGUGAGGUGAAUAUCUGACAAGAUGCACAUUCUUGACUUUAUAAGCUUUUAAUUGCAGGUUGUAGAAUAUUACAGGUUUCUGCUUGCUGGCUCAAGGGCAAAGGAGAAUCGUGCACAAGGGGUCUGGAAUGGAUAGUAAAUACAAUAAUAAAAGACCCUGUAGUUUCUACUGUCUUUCAGGAUUUUUGGCAAGCAAUCUGAUAAACAAUUUGCUUUGUUUCAAAUGCAGACAAAGUUUUUUCAUUUAAUAUAACAAUUAAGCACAAUACAUAAGUUUUAGUUGCAGUUAAGUCCCAUUGAAAGCAGUUAAAUUGGAGUUUAGUGCCUGGACUGUGCCCAUUGUUUGCUUUAACUGCAGUUUGGUGAAAACAGAAUACUUUACAGACUCAAAGUUGCUGGGGAUUCUGUGGUAGAAGCCGUAAAGUACUUAGUUCUGGCCAGCUUACUUGCAGUAACUUAUUGGGAAACAAGAUUUCUAAUAAGUUUCUGCAGCCUUGUAAAAUAGCUGUCCUCUUCAACAUCACCUUCUCAACAGAGGCUUUGAAAUAUAAUAUGAGAGAUUAUUGAAAGGUACUGGUACUUUUGCAAUAUUGUUCUUUUGUAACAAAAUAUGAAUCAAGUCAUUUUAUUGCAGUAUUAUGUGUAAAUGCAGAGGAAAUAAAUAAAUAUGCUUUGUUACAUGUUCCCCA